AUGAAACUUUUAGUAGUGUUGGCUGCCGUAACGGCUCUAAGCGCUGGUAGCGCAAUCCCCGUCGUUCCGGGAGAUAACAGUCACUAUGUGGAGGGUGAAAGCCGCUACAUCUGGAUGCCUGAUGGUGAGGGUAUUCCUCAUCUAGUAGACUUGCAUGAGCCUGCUCGGGAAGAUUUCAUUCAGGCUAGGAAUGGUGCCAACAACGCAUACUGGCUUUUUACAAGACAAAAUCGCAACAAUCACCAGGUUCUUAUAAAUGGAAACAUAAACUCUGUACGGAACUCUAAUUACAAUGCUAAUCGUCCUCUGAAAGUCAUCGUUCACGGAUGGAACAGUAAUGGAAACUCAGCAAUUAACCCUCAAGUUACUUCUGCUUUCCUCGACACUCAAGACUGUAACGUGAUUGUUGUGGACUGGAGAGGGGUUGCUAAUGGGGCAUACACAAGUGCUGUCAGAGGCGUACCGGGUGUAGGGCAGUUUCUUGGAAAUUUCCUCGUUUGGUUAAUUAAUAAUGCUGGUGGCAACUGGAACAACGUCCACUUGGUUGGCUUCAGUUUGGGUGCUCACAUUGUCGGUAACGCCGGCCGUACCGCUGGCCGUCGGCCUUCCCGUAUUACAGGACUGGAUCCAGCUGGUCCUCAAUGGGGCGGAAACUCGAAUGCUUUGAACCGAAAUGAUGGUCAAUACGUUGAGACAAUUCAUACUGAUGGUGGACUUCUUGGUAUCUUCGACCGCAUUGCCGAUUCUGAUUUCUACCCCAAUGGAGGAAGAAACCCUCAGCCUGGUUGCUGGAUAAGCACCUGUUCCCAUAGUCGUGCAUAUGAACUAUUUGCGGCAACUAUUCGCAACAACCACCUCAAUGGCAGGGCUUGUUCCAACAUCAAUCAAGUUUCAAAUCCAAACCAAUGCACCGGUGGCACUCUGAGGAUGGGCAACGGAAUCGUAAACAAGAGAGGAUCUGGUAUCUUCGCCCUUACGACUGGCAGAUCAUUUCCAUUUUAA